UUGGAACGAAAUCAGUAAAAAUGAGAAAUCUAAUAGUGUUCGUUGGAAUUAUUUUGGCAGCAACAACAAAUAUAGCCAAUUGUUGUACGUGCAUACAACCGAAAGAAAACGAAAAAGUGUGUGGAUCCGAUGGCAAAACCUAUGAUAGUGGAUGUUAUCUAUUUUGUGAUUCGUUGUAUCGAAACGAGAAUGAAUCUUGUUUAACUGAAGUAUUCGAUGGUGAAUGUGGCCCAUCGCCGUGUAUUUGCACAGAUAAAUGUAGUCAUGUUUGCGCGUCGAAUGGAAAGACCUAUGGAAAUGAUUGUACACUGAAAUGUGCCCAAAAUGUGGAUCAAAGCAUAACCAAGAUAAAAGAAGGCAAAUGCGGUGCAUGCGUGUGUACGUUGGAGUAUCGGCCACUAUGUGGAUCAGAUGGCAUAACAUACAGCAACAACUGCGAGCUUAAAUGCGAGCAAGAAAAAGAUAAAAAUUUACGCAAAGUAUCUGACGGAGCAUGCCCUGGCAGUAGUCAAGAAUAAAUGCACAUUAUUUAGAAACAUUAUUAAACUUUUGUUCUAACUAAAUGUUUUUUUGCAGAGAUAUUAAUACUAGUUUUACUCAACCGCAAUGUGAUUCUGAUCUUUUUUGAAGGUCAAAGUCAUACGAUAAUCUUUAGUUCUAUGAAAUAAAUUGUAUGAAUCACAUUUUUUUUUGUCAAGGCCUAACU